AUGGACAAACACAAUCUAACAGUGCUGAAUGAAUUCAUUCUGACGGGAAUCACAGACCACUCUGAGCUGCAGGCUCCAUUGUUUGGGCUGUUCCUCAUCAUCUACAUGAUCUCAGUGGUGGGCAACUUGGGCAUCAUCAUCCUCACCAAGACGGACUCCAAGCUACAAACUCCCAUGUACUUUUUUCUCAGACACCUGGCUAUCACUGAUCUUGCAUUCCUUCUCAUGUUCAUCAUUAGUGAACUUUUCAUUUUGUCAGCAAUGUCUUAUGAUCGCUAUGUGGCCAUCUGUCACCCUCUGCUCUACACAGUCAUCAUGUCACAAAGGGUGCUGGUGGCAAUCCCCUAUCUCUACAGCAUGAUUGUUUCUCUUCUCAUCACCAUAAAGAUUUUUAAUUUAUCCUUCUGUGGCUACAAUGUCAUCAGGCAUUUCUACUGUGACUAUCUCCCCUUGUUAUCUUUGCUCUGCUCAGACACACGUGAAAUUGAAUUGAUCAUUUUCAUUUUAGCAGCUUUUGAUUUGAUUUCAUCCCUUCUAAUAGUUCUUGUUUCUUACCUGCUCGUUUUUGUAGCCAUUUUCAGGAUGAACUCAGCUGAGGGCAAGAACAAAGCCUUCUCCACCUGUGGAUCCCACCUGACACUGGUGGUAGUGUUCUAUGGGACUUUAAUCUUUAUGUACAUGAGCCACAAGUCCAGUCAUUCCUUUGAAACUGAUACAGUGGCUUCCAUAUUUUACACCCUGGUUAUUCCAGUGUUGAAUCCUUUGAUUUAUAGCUUUCGGAACAAAGAUGUAAACUAUGCCCUACAUAGGUCAUGGAAAAAAAUAAGCAACAUCUUUUCUACCAUUCAAUGCAUCGUAAGGUUCCUAUGA